UGUUUAAUGGUGUUUUUGUUUACAUGCAGUGAAAUGGCAGAGGCCAUUAUUUCAAUAGCUCAGGAUGAGUUCAGCUGUCCAGUAUGUCUGGAACUGCCAAAGGAUCCAGUGACUGUUCUUUGUGGACACAAUUUCUGUAUGGUGUGUAUUAAUGACAGCUGGGAUCAGGAGGAUGAUAAGGAAACAUACAGCUGUCCAAAGUGUAGACAAACCUUCACACCAAGACCUGUCAUAAGUAAAAACACAGUUCUGGCUGACAUUGUGGAGAAACUGAUGAAGACAAAAAUCCAAGUUACUCCUGCUGGACCGGAAGAUGUGGAAUGUGAUUCCUGCACUGGAAAAAAGUACAAAGCUGUAAAAUCCUGCCUGGUGUGUUUGGUAUCUUUCUGUGAAACUCACCUCCAGCCUCACUAUGAAUCUCCUGCUUAUAAGAAACACAAGCUGGUUAAAGCCUCCAGACGACUCCAGGAGCAGAUCUGCUCUCAGCAUGAUAAACUGCUGGAGGUUUACUGUCGUACUGAUCAGCAGUGUAUCUGCAUGUUGUGCACCAUGGAUGAUCAUAAAGGACAUGAUACAAUAUCAGCUGCAGCAGAAAGAACUGAGAAACAGAAGCAGCUUGUGGACAUACAAAGAAAAUGCCUGCAGAAAAUCCAGAACAAAGAGAAGGAACUUCACAAAUUAAGAAUUGUUCUAAAAUCUUACAAGUGUUUUGCACAGAAAGCAGUGGAGAACAUUGAGAGGAUCUGUACUGAACUAAUCAACUCAAUUAAGAGAAGAUGCUCUGAGGUGAAAGAACUGAUAAGAGAUCAGGAGAAAGCUGCAUGGAGUCAAGCUGAAGAUGUGAUGGAACAACUGGAGCAGGAGAUUGUAGACCUGAAGAAGAAAGAUGCUGAACUGGAGGAGCUUUUACACACAGAGGAUCCCAUCCAUUUUCUCCAGGGUUUUCAAUCUCUCUCAGCUCCUGCUGGAUCUGAAGAAUCACCCACCAUCAAAAUCAGUCCUUUCCUCUCAUUUGAUGAUGUUACAAAGUCUGUAUCUCAGCUGAGAGAGAAAGUAGAAGAAUUCUGGAAAGACGAGAUUAGGAAGAUACCAAGUAAAGUGAAGAAAGUCCAGAUUAUUCGACCUCCUGAACCUCAAAUCAGAGAAGAUUUUCUACUAUUGAAGAAAGUCCAGAUCAUUCCACCUCCUAAACCUCAGACCAGAGAAGAUUUUCUACAAUAUUUCUGUCCGUUUACGUUGGAUCCAAACACAGUAAAUGACUGCCUCUGUCUGUCUGAAGAGAACAAAGUGGCGACCCGGAGUGAAACAGAACUGUGGCAUCCUGAUCAUCCAGAUAGAUUUGAUUAUUGCUUCCAGGUUCUGUGUAGAGAGAGUGUGAGUGGACGCUGUUACUGGGAGGUUGAGUGGAGUGGGGAUGAUGGGGUUGAGAUAGCAGUGGCAUAUAAAAGCAUCAGCAGGAAGGGAUUCGGUAAUGGGUGUGUGAUUGGUUGGAAUGAUCAGUCCUGGACUUUGUUCUGUUCUCCAUCCAGAUUUUCAUUCCUGCACAAUAACGAAGAGACUGAAAUUCCCAUAAUGCCGAGUUCCUCUAGAAUAGGAGUGUAUGUGGAUUACAGAGCAGGAACUCUGUCCUACUACAGCGUCUCUGAUACAAUGAAGCUCCUCCACAGAGUUCAGACCACAUUCACUCAGCCCCUCUACCCGGGGUUUUGGGUUGGUUUAGGAUCAAAAGUGAAACUGUCAGAUUUAACAAAUUAAAUGUAGAAUUUAAUGUGAAGCAGUGAUACAUUUAUGAAUCACUUGCUCGGCUUGCUCAACAGGGAUUUUUGUAUCUAUUGGUCCUGGAUUUUGUAAAGUUGCUUUGAGACAAUGUCUAUUGUAAAAAGCGCUAUAUAAAUAAAGUUGACUUGACUUGA